AUGGCGCCCGAGGGGACCCCUUUCGAGGACGGAACUUUCAAACUUACAAUAGAAUUCACAGAAGAAUAUCCGAAUAAGCCACCUACUGUUAGAUUUGUGUCUAAAAUGUUUCAUCCAAAUGUCUAUGCAGAUGGUAGUAUAUGUCUGGAUAUUCUUCAGAAUCGUUGGAGUCCUACUUAUGAUGUCUCCUCCAUCUUAACAUCCAUACAGUCUCUAUUGGAUGAGCCAAAUCCUAACAGUCCAGCAAACAGCCAGGCAGCUCAGCUAUACCAAGAGAAUAAGCGGGAAUAUGAAAAACGGGUUUCUGCAAUAGUAGAACAGAGCUGGCGUGACUGUUGACCCAGGAUGAUGCAAAUGAACACUCUGUUGAUGAGGAAAAUAAACAAAGUGUCUGAGUCAUCUUUUUCCUCCUAGCAUUUACUUUGAAAGCAGAAUAGCUGUUGUGCUGUUGCCACCCUCCCUUGCUGAAGCUUCUUCUCCUUGGACAUCAGAAAGCACCCACUUUGAAGUCAAAUGUUCUGUACUUGGGUUACUUGCAAAAGAGUUACUGAUGCUGAAUUCAUUUUCUGUGGUCCCUCUCCAGUCUUAGGGCAGUAUUGUGCAUUUCUGUAGUGUACACUAAGCUUUUAAUUGUAAUUGUGUUAUACACAGUGAUGCUUAUGUGUAGCUUGAUAAAAGGGAUGUUUAUAUACAUACACAUUUUUAAACUGAUAUUAACUAAAGUGCUGAUCUGUCCAGGCUGGUCAUUUACCUCUACUAUUGGUUUAGACCCCACUGCAUUUGUAAGUACUGAGUGAAGAAAUAACCUCGUUUCCCUUUUGUAUUGGUUUAUCAACUCCUUAUUCGUGGAAAAAAAAAACUCUAAACCGAUUCCAAUUCAAAUAUUUAGUAAGACUGUGGAAUGCUAGUUACUUCUGCACUUCACAUGCAAGAUUUAUGUACAGAUAUACAUAAAUCACUACAGUUGUGGUACUUUGAUCUUUGCUUAGGGUGAGAAACAACCCCCUUUUUUUUAUUUUAUUUUAAAGGACAUGCCUACAGAGACUGCUUCAAUAAGUUUCUAUAGUCCUGUCACUGAGGCAUUACUGGACAAAACCAGGUAGAGCUGUGGUACUCUGGGCGAAAGACCUUCCACAUCAGAAAGAGGUAAAACCUGAAGUGUUCCAGCGGUGGAAUUAUUCUCAUUUGGUGUCUUUCAUUUCCCCCUUAUCUUUAGCUGAGAAAGAUAAGUUCUUUGGGAUCCAACUUUGCCUUGUGGAAAGCGUGAAUAAAGUACGGGGUAGGCACUUGAGUCUCUGCAGUUUCUGCUCUUCGUAGAUUACUGUGUGGUUUGUGUGAGCUACUGCUGCAUGCUUUAGUUUCCCUUCAGUUUUAUGAAAGUAUUUUUUCAACUCUGAAAAAACAUUUGUAAGUCCAGACUCACUUUUUUUGUAAGGCUAAGUUUCUACAUUUGGAUACAGUACCUUAAGCAGCAGUGUGGGAUGAAACCUACAAUUGUGUUGUCCACUGUUCCAGUGUCUUUUGUGUGCACAUUGGUCUGUUGAGAAGUUUAACUUUGCACAAGUAACCCAUGUAAGAAACUGUACAUUUUUCAAAAGUUGUAAAUAAAGUGUAACCUUAGUGCUUAUUGUAUAAAUAGGCAA